AACAGCGGAGAAACAGCGUGGUCUGUAAUACUGUGGAGCUUUGGGAGCCAACCAGAUGGCAUCUUCUACUUCUGUGCCUGUAGGUUUCCACUAUGAGACGAAAUAUGUUGUCCUCAGCUAUUUGGGUCUCUUAUCCCAGGAGAAGCCUCAGGGACAGCAUUCUCUGCCAACUCAAGAUCCAUCUACAGGCUCCCAGGCUUUAGAUAAGGAGGUUCUGGAGAAAGUUAAAGCAGAAAUUGAGGAAGAACUGAAACAUCUUGAUGAAGAAAUUUUGGAAGCCCCUUAUAAGUCUCUGUUUUGGUCUCUUGUCUGCAGGCCAGUGACUUAUCAGGAAUACAGGGAAAGGACGCAGGAGGCAGCAGCCCUUGCCACUGGAUGGAGCAAGGUUUUAGUGCCUUUGGUGAUACUUCAGCAGUUCUUAAUGGAGCUCACAAGACGGGGCCAGGAGCCACUUGGCGCACUGCUGCAGUUUGGCGUGACCUACCUAGAAGACUACGUCGCAGACUACGUCAUCCAACAAGGCGGAUGGGGCACUGUCUUUAGUUUGGAUUCUGAAGAGGAGGAGUACCACGGGAUCAUCGCCGAGGACAGCAAUGACAUCUACAUCCUAACUAGCGACCACUCGGGACAGGUGAGCCCUCCCGAGUCGCCCACCGUGACCACGUCUUGGCAGUCCGAGAGCCUACCCGUCUCCCUGUCCGCUAGCCAGAGCUGGCACACCGAGAGCUUGCCCGUGUCUUUGGGGCCCGAGUCUUGGCAACAGGUGGCCAUGGAAACUGAAGAAGUGAAGAGUUUGGACAGCAACGGAGGUGGGGAAGAGAGGAGUGAAAACAACUCCUCUAACUCUGAUAUUGUCCACGUGGAGAAGGAGGAGAUACCAGAGGGGGCUGAGGAAACGCCCUCUGAAGCGGCUCUUCAGACUGAAACGGCAAAGCAGGUUUCCACAGAUGCGCCAACUGCCUUGCUCGAGGAGGCGGCGGAAGCCGAAAUUGUGUCGCUGAAAGCAAGCCUCUCUGCAGAGCUGCCUGCCGAACAGCAGCAGGCGGGAAAGGCGGUAGUGGAGCUAGAACCUGAAACUCCAGCAUUGAGUCAGCCUGCUAAGAAACCGUCUCCUGUAGAGGACAAGGCCGCCUCCAGACCUGAGAGAAUACUGCCCCCAGAGGAGGAACUGGAGGCCAGGAAGGAGGGCUAUUCGGAAGAAAAGGAAGAGAAGUCCCCCGCGGGAGAAGAGAAACCCAUCCUCCUGCCAGAAGGCAAAUCGAUUCUGCUAUACGGCGGGGCCGCUGCGGUGGCCAUCCUGGCGGUGGCCGUGGGCGUGGCACUGGCUUUGAGGAAGAAGUAACGAACUUCGCACUCAGAUCCACAUUUAGUUGCAUUGACUGACGGUUGCGAUGCCGACGUUUAGGGGGGAUUUAUGUAACUUAAAAGGGUGGUGGGGCAAAAGGUGUACACUGUAAGUUUUAAGCCUAGGGACAAUCAUGUUCUUUAGUGGACUGGGACUGGAGCUUCCUGAUGAAACCUAUAGGGGGUGUCAUUUUUUUAAGAAAACAAACCCCCCCACACAUGUAAGUAUCUGUGUACAAAUGAGGAAAGUGAAAUGUUUAUACACUGGAAACUGGAACUAAAAAUUCCAGAGGAAUGGGAGAGUUGGUGGCUACCUCCUGGAGGUUCUCCUUACAUAGCUGCUAUUGCAGCGUUUUUGGUUCCCCAUCCGCCUCUUGAACGAGAGGUGCCUCCGUCGGUAGCAUGAGGCUGGUCUCCCUUUUCUGCCUCAGCUUCCUCAGGCGCACUGCGCUGCUCCUGUUGGCCCCCCAGUUCUCUUUUAAACCCCAAUGGGGUAGUGCUUCUUCAAUACCUCUUUGCUUUCUAGUUUUUCUGCCUCCCCCCCCCUCCCCAAUGCUUCCUAAGGCCCCAACCUUCAAAAACUCUGCUGCUCUCUCUAGUAGAGUUCGCAGCGUUCUCUAAUGGUGGGUGGAGGAAGUACGUUUCCCAGAGGUGAAUUGGGAUGGUGUUGUUGGGGGGAAAGGUAGAUGUUCUUAGGAACCGCCCCCCCCCCCCGAACCCAUGUGUAUUUGUCAUUCUGGUGAUCACCGUUGAUGUGACUCCUCUCCCCUUUAACCCCUACGGCUUUAUUGCAUUUGUUUUGGUCGGGAAAAGGAUCUGAUCAAGUUCUUGUAAUGGAUGCAAAGGGUGAUGAUGGAAAUGUUACUACCCAGUAUUCAUAAGCAAAGAACCUAAUAUUAGCCUGAGGGCUAAUCUGGCACCAUUUGUGGAAUAACUUAAGCACGGACUUGCUCCACCUCUUCUGCAUUUGCACAAAGUUCAAGGGUGGGUUGCAAUUUAGCCUUAAACUGACCUUGGCCACUGCCACAUGAGCAAAUGCAAGGUCUUCCAAGAAAACGGUCUCCAGUCUGAACCGCAUGAUGCUGUACCUUCCAGUUAAUUCCCUAGCUCCUGAGUGAUGACAAGCCAGCAGUCUCGUGCAGCUCGUGUGGACCUCUUGGGUGAGUGUUAUGUGGAGAGUUUGGAGAAGUACACAGAAAAGGUGGAUGAAUGAAAACCAAAUAUUAUUUUUCCUCCAGACUUGUUUAAUCUUGGCCUGUGACGUGGUAGAUAUAUCCCCCCUCUUUCACACACCCCUUUCCAUUUAGUCUCUCAUUAAAUGAUGCUGAGGAAUCCCCUCCCUCCUUCCAUUCCU